AUGUCCCAAAAAGACGAAGUAGUUCCCAUUUGGAACUCCGUCACUACAACGGCUCUCACUGUCAACACUGCCGUGGAGGAUGCAGAAAAACUCCCGACUCCGGAAGGGCCGACGGAUAGUCAUGUACUAUCACAAGUCGAACAAGAUGAGAAAGGCUUGAUUCAAAAAGCUGGUGAUACGCCCGACAUCACUGAUGUGGGAUGGAACAACCCCGCGGACCACACUGAACAGCUAAUCGCCGGCUUAUCAAAUGAAGAUCUAUGGAUGCUCAUUCGAAGAUUUGACAAGCAAGUCUACAAUGUCAAAGCCGUUCCCGAAGCACCCCUUCAAAACCUUGAUCUGACUCGAGCGGAUGACGAUGAAUUCUCGCCAGACAAGCUGCGGGCAACAAUCGAACGGUUUUACACCACAAUUUUUGUCAAGCUGACGAGCUUCGUCAAGCACAUUGCUCGCCUUCGAUCUUGGAAGGAGACAAGAAGAACGUCCGUCUUCUGCGCGGUCUACAGUAUUGCAUGGCUUUUAGACCUUCUUGUUCCUACGUUCUUCGCUGUUCUGAUCGCAUUGGUCGUGUACCCUCCAUGCCGGGCGGUCAUGUUCCCGCCAGCGCCCAUUGCGUUGGUAGACAAAGAAACAGGUGGUGUGCAAAAACCCAAAGCUGGAGUUCUCGGAUCUCAUGAUAGUGUUACCGGGGCUCCGCAGAACUUCAAGGGUGAAGCUGCCGAGCAAGAGGCUAGCAACUUGGUGGCUGGUGUUGCUAGUGUUGCUGUCGGCAGUGCUGCUGGGAAACACGAUCAAGGAGUACCAGAUGAUGCACCUUUAGAAGACACUGUGCCCGACGCCACGGAUUUGGUUUCUCAUACUGCGGAUGCUCAGAGCAAAGCGCAUGGCCAGGUGCCAUCCGAUCAUCAUGAUAAGACACGACAGCCCAUGAAAAAAUCAGUCAUGGACGGAGCUAACAUGCUAAUGCAAAUUAUUGCCGACAUCACGGAUUCAUGGGAAAAGAUUGAGAAUGCCCUAUCUCCUACUCGGCCAUUCCCGCGACUUACACCUCGCUUGCGAUUGGCAGCUGUAUUGGUUCCUGCAUGUCUGUUAUCGGCUUGUACACCCCUCUACAUAUUCUCAAAGGUAGCUGGCCUUGGUGUCGGCUUCGGCUUCUUUGGCGAUCCAAUCAUCCAGCGCGGCCUUUCCAUUCUCAACCGGGAUUUCCCUCAUUGGCAGAAAAUUUUUGAAUUGCAAAAGCAACGGGAUAGUUCGCUUCUAAGAGGAAUCCCAACAAAUGCGCAACUUACUUUGACGCUGCUGCGCAUUGGCGAGGCCAACGCAUCGCCUUUGCCGCCCCCACCAACUUCUCGAACUGAACCUCCUUCUCGUCCGGCCUCACUUAAUCAUGAGGAGCUGACAUUAGGCGCUACCAGUGAGGAAAUUCACGAAGCAGCGUCAGCUCAGCCAACUCACCAACAACAAGGACCACAAUUGUCACCCGAAACUCCCCCCAAGAAGAAUUUUGCCUCUAGAGUCAUCGGUUUCUUCCGUGGAACAACUGCCACAGGUGUCGAGAGCAAGCAAGCCAUCGACCGAAUGCGAGCAGUUGUCGGUUCUCGCCACGCCAAAAACCGAGUCGGUGUCCUUCGCCCAAAGGGACGCACUGAAACGCCUGUUGGCCCCGUCGAUUUUGACGCCCGAUAUAAGGGUGCGCACGGGGCCGUUGUUAUUGACUCGACACAGGAGCCGCCGGUUCUUUACUUCACAACCGACAUCCCGCAAGGUGGUGACCUCUAUGUGGGGCAUCGCAAAAAGGGCUCUGUGCUAUUCUCCAUACCGGUUACAGAUAUCCGAGAGAUGAGAAAGCUUGGCGGUAUGGGUUGGAAGGGAAAGCUUGUUGUUGGUUGGGCUAUCGGCGGAAAGGAGGUCGUUGAUGGCUUGCUUAUUAAGGGCAAGGACCCCAAGCAGUCAUACCAGUUAACGGCCAUGGGAAUGAGGAAUCAACUGUUUAACCGUUUGAUUGCUAUCGAUGGACAGGUUUGGGCAAGCUUUUGA